CGUAGAGUUCGGCAGCCUGGGAGUGCGAACGAGUGUUCCGCUUUGAGAUGCAGCGUGAAUUGGGGAGUUUCCCGCUGUCCUCAGCGGUGAGGGUAAAACUAGUCUCUGCGGGUUUCCAAACCGCCGAGGAACUCCUGGAGGUGAAACCUUCCGAGCUCAGCAAAGAAGCUGGGAUAUCUAAAGAGGAAGCCUUAGAAACUCUACAGAUUAUAAGACGGGAAUGUCUCUUAAAUAUACCAAGACAUGCUGGUACAUCUGAGUCAGGCAAGAAGUGUACAGCACUGGAACUUCUUGAGCAGGAGCAUACCCAGGGCUUCAUAAUUACCUUCUGUUCAGCACUAGAUAAUAUUCUUGGGGGUGGAGUACCCUUAACCAAAACAACAGAAAUCUGUGGUACACCUGGUAUUGGAAAAACACAAUUAUGUAUGCAAUUGGCAGUAGAUGUACAGAUACCAGAAUGUUUUGGAGGAGUGGCAGGUGAAGCAGUUUUUAUUGAUACAGAGGGAAGUUUUAUGGUUGAUAGAGUGGUAGACCUUGCUACUGCUUGCAUUCAGCACCUUCAUCUUAUAGCAGGAACACACAUGGGAGAGGAGCACCAAAAAGCUUUGGAGGACUUCACUCUUGAAAAUAUUCUUUCCCAUAUUUAUUAUUUUCGUUGUCAUGAUUACACAGAACUUUUGGCACAAGUUUAUCUCCUUCCAGACUUCCUUUCAGAACACUCAAAGGUUCGAUUAGUGAUAGUGGAUGGUAUUGCUUUUCCUUUUCGCCAUGACCUAGAUGACCUGUCACUUCGUACUCGGUUACUAAAUGGCCUAGCCCAGCAAAUGAUCAGUCUUGCAAAUAACCACAGAUUAGCUGUAAUUUUAACCAAUCAGAUGACAACAAAGUUUGAUAGAAAUCAGGCCUCACUCGUUCCUGCUUUAGGGGAGAGUUGGGGACAUGCUGCUACAAUACGGUUAAUCUUUCAUUGGGACCGAAAGCAGAGGUUGGCAACAUUGUAUAAAUCACCAAGCCAAAAGGAAUCCACAGUACUGUUUCAAAUCACAGUCAGUAUUAUUUGAAUACAGUGGGAUUUUGGUGUUGGUGGGCAGUAAUAUCUGAAUCUCAGGGAUUUAGAGAUGCUGUUGUUGCUACUGCAUGUUCAUUGCCAGUAGAAGCUUCCUUGAGUUCCCGGAAACGGUCACGAAAAUCAGAAGAAGAACAGUAAUCCAGAGACUAAUUUCAGAGUAUGCAAAUGUAUUGAUGCCUUGGGAGUCAAUGUGUAUAACUAGUAGACUUGUUACUUUAAAAUAUGAACACAUACUAUGGCAUGAAUGAAUCAGAAAUAUACUGAGGUGAAUGGGAAAAAUAAUUAAGGAAUAUGAUUCUCUGAAAAAGUUCUUUAAAGCCCUGUUCUACAAUUAUAUUUUGUUCUGUUUUCAUUUUCCAUAACAUUCAGUAGAGAUGAUAUACGUAUUGUGUUUCACAAAUAUGGAAAGCUGAUCUCAUGUGCCAAUCUGAAUUUAUCAUUCAUAGUGUCCCCUCCCUCUCUUUGACAAUUGCCUAGAAAAUCUUUUAUUCUCUGUUUUAAAUGUAACUUUGAUAACUCUUAAAAGUGGCAGCUUUUAUUGUUUUAAAGAAGAGGUAGCACCAUGAGUCAGUGUAUCAUUAUAUCCUGGGGAAGAUAAAAAUCUGAACUGACCGAACUGACUUUAGUAACUUCUAUCCUAAAAUCCAAGCUAUUUGUUUAAUUUUCUGUGUUGUUUUAUAAUGUUAAAGGAAGGACUUUGAAGGUAUUAUCUCAUCUAGAAAUUGUCUGGAACAUAUAUCUUCCAGAAUAGGUUGAUAAACUCACAAUUAUUUAUUUCUACCUUUUUGAAACCUAGUUUGAUCCAUUCCAGAAUUCUAGGUGUCAUAAUAUUUUCCCUUGAAUAAUCUUGACUGUAUUUGAAAAGAUUAAAAGUUUUCAUUCUUGAAUAUUUUCACGAUCAUCUGAAGAUAUGAUUUAGAGAACACCUGGUUGUUCUUGGUACUCUGAAUUCGUUAACAAAAUUUACUUUGAUCCCCAGUGGAAGAAAAUUAUUUAAAUAAUUGAAUAUUAUAUACAAUGACAACCACAUUUUCCAAUUUUAGUGACAGGUGGUAUUUCCUGUACAUCAAAUUUAUGACAUUUGUUCCACAUAACUGUUCUGCAAUUAAUUACAUAGAAUAACCAUAAUUAACCAGGGCUUUGAGAGUAAAAGGGUGCACUGCUAAUAAUUAAUGCCAAGACAAUGGGCAUAACCCAGAAUUGCCCAAGGCAGAUCACAAGUAUGGUCAUGCUAAUUAUUUAAGAUUAAUUUCAAAUGACUACUUUAAUGUAGGACAACUGAUUGUAACCAUCUUACUUUUGAAGACUUUAAAGCAUGUAUUAUUACAUUGAUGCUGUCAUUAAAAAAGUUGCUUAUUUUA